CUGAGCCUGGAGAACAGAGCCUGGAAAACAGACCUGGAAAACAGAGCCUGGAGAACCGAGCCUGGAAUAUUUUGGAAUCUGGGGGAAAAUCCGGUGGUUCUGCAGAGAAAAGCGGAUCUUCUGAUCUUCUGGAUCGGAACCGCAGACUGACUGAUGGAGGAUCAGAUCUCAGAGGUUCUGGGAACACCAGUCCGGUCCGCUCCGGUCCGGUUCCGAUGUUCCGGCUCACCGAACCGGUUCGUUUCUUGCAGGGUUAAUAUUAAGAGGCCGGUACCUUUAGAACCCGCUCCGCUCCGGUUCGGUUCGGUGGAUUAAAGCUUCUCCUCGCGCUGCUGUCUGCCUCCAUCCGCCAUUUUGGGUCCAGCAGACUGUUUUUCCACUCUUCUCCACCAGAGGGAGCCCUCUGCCCAAUCACUGCCUCUGAUUGUGAACCUGGAGGCCAGUUCAGGAUUGUUUCCCUCUGAUUGGCUGGGAAGCAAAUUAGAUCCAGAGAAUCAGAGCCGUGUUCUGGUUCUGAUCCGGUUUUAAUAGUUCCGGUUCUCCUCCUCAGAUCCCUGCCUCUACAUCCCCCGCUUUGCUCACAUGUUGGAGUUUGGAGCCAAGAACCACGAGGUCUCCAUGACGGCGCUGCGUCUGGUCCAGAGGAUGAAGAGGGACUGGAUGCACACGGGUCGCCGGCCGUCUGGGCUCUGUGGAGCAGCUCUGCUGGUGGCGGCUCGGAUGCACAAGUUCCGUCGGUCGGUCAAAGACGUGAUCAGCGUGGUGAAGGUGUGUCAGACCACCCUGAGGAAGAGGUUAACGGAGUUCGAGGACACGCCCACCAGUCAGCUGACCAUCGACGAGUUCAUGAGGGUGGAUCUGGAGCAGGAAUGCGACCCUCCGUCCUUCACCGCUGGACAGCACAAAGCCAAGAUGCAGCAGCUGGAGCAGGAGCUGGCCCGGAAGCUGGACGAGGUGGAAGGAGAGAUCAGCAGCUACACCGAAGAGAUCGAGACCGAGCUGGAAAAGAGCCAGCCCAAACUGAGGGGGAUCUACGCCGCCUACGCCAAAGAAAUCGGUCCGGAGGAAGAGGAAGUCCCGUCCUCCACGUCGGACCUGGAGGAGGAGAGAGAGGACGCUGACCUCCAAGCUGCUACGCAGCGCCUGACGCAGGACUUCCUGUCUCAGGUAAUCCAGGAAGAAGAAGGGCAGGAGAAGAGGACGCUUGAGGUCGUUUACGACCAGGAGGUGGCGCCAGAGGAGAGUGCAGGUUUACGUCCCCAGGUCCCCUCUUUAGCUUCUAUCCUGGGAAGGCUACCAAGCGCCGCCAGCCUGGGCCUCCAUGAGACCUUCAACACCUUUGAUGAGUCCGAACCAAGCGAGAAGCCAGACGAGGAGACGCCUCAGACCGGAGAGCUGGAUCUAGAAGGUAUCGAUGAUCAGGAGAUUGAGAAGUACAUCCUGAAUGAAAAGGAGGUAGAGGUGAAAACGGAGCUGUGGAUCAAGCAGAACGCAGACUACCUGCAGGAGCAGAAAGAGAAGGAGGAGAGGAUAAAGAAGGAGAAGGAACAGGGGAUCUACAAGGAGAAGAAGAAGAAACCCAAGAAGCGCAAACAGAUCGAAGCAGCAACAGCAGGCGAGGCCAUCGAGAAGAUGUUGGAGAGAAAGAGGAUUUCCUGUAAGAUCAACUAUGACGUCCUCAGAGACCUGAACCAGACCGCUGAAGGUCACAGUCCACCCGCCUCCGAGCCCUCAGAGGGGGCCGCCAAACGGAAACGCCUCAGCCGCCGCCGCAGGAAGACCAGCGACGCCAACAGGGAGCUGUCCGCCAACGCAACCAAAAUGACAAAAAGGUUCCGUCGCCUCAUUUCCUCGCCAAGGAAAAAGAAAACAUCUCCUCAGGUAAU